AUGUCCUUCUUCUGGUGCUCUAACUUGGUCCGUUUGCACCUCACCUGGCCUGUAGUAACCAAUGCUGCCACUUGGACAACACUUUUAUCGUUGACGGUGGCAGUGGCCUCUGUCUCACCACAGGUGGCGUUUGUCUCCGCCAUAUCCCCCUCUUCUUCGUUCUCUCAGAAGUGCAGCACUAGUGGGUCCAUUAGAAUGCCCUUGGAUGUUCCAGGAGACAUCCUGUGUUUUCCUCCUGGUAUGUUUGUGAAGUCCAAGAUUGAUCUAAUCGUUCCACCCGUCUUUGCAGCAGCAAUUGUAGCGGCUUCUGCUUGCGUGGUGCGAGCUGUGGGCUUGUGGGAGCAUGAUCAAACUCGUUGA